AUGUGCAUCGCAGUGUUUCUGUGGCAAUCGCAUCCGCUUUACCCAUUUCUUCUCUUCCUCAACAGAGAUGAAUAUCACAACAGGGCCACGGAGGCGCUGCGUUGGUGGGAAGACGGAGAGACGGUGGGAGGAAGAGACCUGGUCGGCGGCGGGACGUGGCUGGGCUGCACCAAGCAUGGCCGUGUCGCUUUCCUCACCAAUUUCAGGGAGACCUCGUCCUUCCCUGAUGCUAAAUCCCGUGGAGAUCUCCCUCUUCGUUUCUUGCAGAGCCAAAAGAGUCCGGCUAAGUUUGCGGAGGAGAUACAAGAGGAAAUUGCUCUGUACAACGGCUUCAACUUGGUAGUCGCUGAUAUCUUCUCCAACUCAAUGAUUUACAUUACCAACCGGCCAAGCCACGGUGAUAAGCUCGUGACGCAAGUCUCUCCGGGGAUCCAUGUCCUUUCCAAUGCCAACCUCGACUCUCCUUGGCCCAAGUGUCUGAGGCUAAGGGAGGGUUUCAAACACCUUCUCUCUGAAAACGGGAGCGGUGAGUUCCCGGUGAAGACGAUGGUGGAGGAGGUCAUGACCAAUACUGUCAAGGACCAAGAACCCGACCUACCUCACGUUUACCCACCAGAGUUGGAAUACCAACUCAGCUCCAUCUUCGUUGAAUCUCCAACGGUAGCCCUUCCUUUUCCAUUCUUACUUUUAAAUCUUUUUCCGAUGAAUACUCUCACUCAUGGCCCAAGGUGCACCAUACAGGGGCGUUAUGGGACCAGAAGCAUCUCGGCGAUCAGCAUCAAGUCCCAUGGUGAGGUCUGUUUCUACGAGAGGCAUCUUGAAGAAGAUGAUUCCUGGAAGGAACACACCCAGCAGUUUGUGAUACAAAACCAUAGCAUCUGA